AUGAGCAAGUACGGCGUGAUGGUGAUGGGCCCCGCGGGGGCGGGAAAGUCCACCUUUUGCGCAUCGCUCAUCACACAUCUUCAACUUAACCGGCGCUCUGCUUUCUACGUGAACCUCGAUCCCGCCGCCGAAUCAUUCGAACACACGCCCGAUCUCGACAUCAAGGACCUGAUAUCUCUAGAGGAUGUGAUGGACGAGAUGAAGCUCGGCCCCAACGGCGGCCUGAUCUACUGCUUCGAGUUCCUCAUGGAGAACCUCGACUUCCUGACCGAGGCACUGGACUCGCUGACCGAGGAGUACCUCAUUAUCUUUGAUAUGCCGGGUCAGAUCGAGCUUUACACGCAUAUUCCAAUCCUUCCUACCCUUGUCAAGUUCCUCACAACACCCGGCGCCCUGGACAUUCGAUUGUGCGCUGCAUACCUGCUGGAAGCUACCUUUGUCGUCGAUCGUGCCAAAUACUUUGCAGGUUCCCUGAGCGCCAUGAGCGCUAUGAUCAUGCUGGAAGUCCCACAUAUCAACAUUCUCAGCAAGAUGGAUCUGGUCAAGAACCAAGUAAGGAAGAAGGACCUCAAGAAGUUUAUAACGCCGGAUACCUCGUUGUUGCUUGACGAUCCAGCGGACCUUGCCAGGAGGAAGGCGGGCGAGGACACCUCGGAUGACCAGUACGCCGAUCCCCAGGAUAAGAACGCCAUGCUGUCUGGCGCGACGUUCAAGCGCCUCAACACAGCUGUCGCGCAACUGCUUGAAACCUUCAGCAUGGUCAGCUACCUGAAGCUGGAUUCCACCGACGAGGACAGUGUUGGGGCAAUUCUGAGCUACAUUGAUGACUGCAUACAAUACCACGAAGCACAAGAACCACGGGAGCUGAAGGACGAAGAGUUUGACGAGUCUGAGGAAUAGCUGGGAAGAGGAAUGAUUCGCAGCUUGGGAAUGAAGGGGUCUCCAGAUUUUGACUGAAUUACAAAUGGAUUCGUCAUUACCAUAUGGGCAAAAUGUAUAGGGAUUCUGCAUAGCGACGGCGUCGGGGAAGAAGAUACAAGUUUGGCUCACCGAAAAAGAAUGGGAUGGGGUACGGAAGCAAAGCAAUAAUGAUCUAUAUGUUCUUUUCCCACUUGACUACCAAAGCCCUUAAAACAACGCAAGGUCACCGCCUGUAACAUUCAUGUCCUCGAUCCUUCGCACCUCCAAGGUCGCAGAUCUCGAACAUUGCCUGACAGGAAACGCCGUAACGCCAUGGGAUAUGCGGUAUUCCAACAGCCAGCCACCCUCCAACUUUUAUCGUCGUGUCAUCGUG